UCUCGAUCAACAUUCAAACGAUAAUCUUUCUCCUCCUCCUCCUCUUUUCUCUCUCUCUGAAAAAAACACGCACACACUUUCUCUCUAAAAGAUUCAAAUCAGUCUAUUCUUCAACGACACCUUCAAUGGCCAUGUCAAUUCAGAAUCUCCUCAAGGAAAGAAAAUACCCAUUCAUUUUCUCUCUCUCCCUCCUACUCAUACUCGUCUCCUUCUUUCUCUUCACUACCUCUCACUCCCCUCUCUAUUUCACCACCAAUCUCUAUAAUCGAUCACAGCCCACGAUCUCUUCUCCUCCGCCGUUAGAUCAUAGCCACCUUCGGAUCCCAAACGCUAACACGAACUCACCAUCUCAAUACGACGACGCAGCAUCCAAUUUCAGUGUUACAUUCAGUGAUUUGGACCUGAAUUGGAAGACUUGUAAAGGUGGAGUGGCGACUGACUAUAUACCGUGUUUGGAUAACAUGAAAGCCAUAAAGGAAUUGCAGUCGAGGAGGCAUAUGGAGCACAGAGAACGCCAUUGCCCGAACCCGAGUCCGAGAUGUUUGGUUCCGCUUCCGCAACGGUAUAGGGCUCCGAUUCCGUGGCCUAAGAGCAGGGACAUGAUAUGGUUUGACAAUGUUCCUCACCCAAAGCUUGUCGAAUACAAGAAGGAACAAAAUUGGGUGCGUAGCUCUGGUGAUUUUCUUGUCUUCCCUGGUGGUGGUACUCAGUUCAAGCAUGGAGUUAGUCACUAUAUUGAUUUUAUAGAAGAGACUUGGCCAGAGAUUAAAUGGGGGAAGCGCAUAAGGGUUAUUUUAGAUGUUGGUUGUGGUGUUGCUAGCUUUGGUGGCUAUUUGCUGGAUAAAGAUGUUAUUACCAUGUCAUUUGCCCCAAAGGACGAACAUGAGGCUCAGAUACAGUUUGCUCUUGAGCGGGGUAUUCCAGCCACUCUUUCGGUCAUUGGAACACGAAGGCUGACUUUUCCAGAUAAUGCAUACGAUUUAAUUCACUGUGCAAGAUGCAGGGUUCACUGGGAUGCAGAUGGUGGAAAACCAUUAUUAGAACUCAACAGGAUUCUUAGGCCUGGAGGGUUUUUUAUAUGGUCAGCUACACCAGUUUAUCGGGAGGGUAAAAGAGAUCAGGAUAUAUGGAAGGUUAUGGUGGCUCUGACUGAAUCUAUUUGCUGGAAGGUAGUGGCUAAGACUCUUGAUAUAUCUGGAGUUGGGCUAGUUAUAUAUCAGAAGCCUGUUUCUUCUUCCUGCUAUGCAAAACGCAAAGAAAAUAAUCCACCUUUAUGUGAUCAGAGUUAUAGGCAGAACAGUUCGUGGUAUGCGCCCCUAGACGGUUGUCUUCCCCCUCUCCCGCUAGCUAGCAUGGGUGACUCAGACAAUUGGCCUGCACCCUGGCCCAAAAGGCUUAGCAGUAAACCUCCAAGCCUAUCAACCGAACAAGAUGCUGAAGAAAUCUUCUAUCAGGACACCAGACACUGGUCUGCACUUGUCUCAGAAGUUUAUCUAGAAGGUCUUGCUAUAAACUGGUCAAGCGUGCGAAAUGUAAUGGAUAUGAAUGCUGGUUAUGGAGGAUUUGCUUCAGCUCUUAUUGAUUUACCUCUAUGGGUAAUGAAUGUCGUACCCAUUGAUAUGUCAGAUACAUUAUCUAUUAUAUUUGAUAGAGGGCUGAUUGGCAUAUACCAUGACUGGUGCGAGUCUUUUAACACCUACCCUCGAUCUUAUGAUCUUCUACAUUCCAGUUUCCUCUUCAGAAAUCUUACUCAAAGAUGUGACAUAAUAGAUGUAGCUGUGGAGAUGGAUCGCAUGCUGAGACCUGGUGGAUAUAUGGUGGUUCAGGACACAAUGGAGAUGAUCAACAAGAUUAAGCCAAUUUUGCAUUCACUUCACUGGUCAGUAACCAUACAUCAAGAACAAUUCCUCGUCGGGAAGAAAGGUUUUUGGCGUCCGGAUGCCAAAAUCAGUAUAUGAAACAAGGUGCUUAUUGUUUUUCCCUGUAUAAUCUUAUUACUAUUUGUUGAAAAAAAAGGAAGGAAAAAGAAGAUGAACACUAUUCUUUCUCCAAAUUAUAGGAAAAUUUAUGAUGUAGGGAAUAUAAAUUAAGUUCAUUCCCACUUUUCUUAGAAAAGUAGUUUAUGAAUUGUACGGAUAAGGAGAUUCUGUUGUAUUGUUCAUUCCAGCGAUGGGAGUAAUAGUUAUACAAAUUAUUGUCUGCCUUCA